AUUGGGUGGCAGAAGAUAGAUUAUAUUCACUGAGACAAACACGGCAAUACAGGUUAACCUUAGCACUCUGAAUCUUUAAUUCUUUACAAUCUUUUUAAGAAAUCAUAAGAAAAUCCAGGACUUCAUGGCAACAUCUGGAUUUUUUUGUCGUGAUCCAUUACUCAGACGAUCUUUAGAAAGAACAAGAGAGCCGUUGCUAUGCGUAUAUGAGCUAGAGAAGCUUUUGUACACAGGAAAGGCAGGAUGGAGUCAUGUAGAUGAAGUAUGGCCAAGACUGUAUCUGGGAGGACAGGAAAUUGCAGCCAACAAAGGUGAAUUGUUGAAAAAGUGCAUCACGCAUGUUCUAAAUGCCUCGCAUAGUCGCUGGAGAGGGGGUGAAGAUUACAAAGGAAUGAAUAUUUCAUACAUGGGUAUAGAAGCUCAGGAUUCACCAACUUUUGAUAUGAGUGUCUAUUUCUAUCCUGCAGCAGAUUUUAUUAAUAAUGCCCUAAGAGAAAAAGGAGGUAAGAUUUUGGUCCACUGUGCUGUGGGAGUAAGCAGAUCUGCAACUUUAGUUCUUGCAUAUCUUAUGAUACAUCAACACAUGAAUUUGGUAGAAGCCAUUACUACAGUAAAAGACCGCAGAGGAAUCAUUCCCAACCGAGGAUUUCUACGUCAAUUAAUAAAUCUGGACAAUACCUUAAUGCAGAAUCGUUGAUCUCAAUAUAACUUCUUAUCUAUUCAAUUAUGGGCUAAUUUUAUUGAGCCCUUAAUCUAAUCACCAAUUACAUUAAUUCUAAAUUACAAUGUACUAAUGCAAUACAUAUCACAGUCUAUGAUUUAAAUGUAGGGGCAUGUAAAAUACACUAAAAAGUUUUUGUUUGUUUUUAAAUUAAAUACCAGUUAUUAGACAUUUAAUAUAUGUAGUCUUCUGAUUUUAGGAAACAGUAUCACUAAGAUUCAAUAAAUGUGCUAUUUUAAUUUUGUGGCUGGCAUUUGUUGUCAAACUAAAUGAAGCUUACGAGUUUAACAAUUCUAUAUUUAAAAAAAAUGCUAUUUAACUUCCAUCUUGACUACUAAUUCCAUAUAAAAGCUCACAGAUUAUUGCACAUUAGCAGAGUUCUUCAUAUCACAUGUUUAAAUUGAAGAGGUUAACAAAUUUGAGCCAUUAACGAUCACAUUUUCAUGCAUUAAAUUGCUGUUCUGUAGACCCAAUAAAACUUUUACUUUCUAAUAGAUUAAUGCAAAAUCAAAAGAAGAAUAGACUGGCAUUCCUUUUGAUUGUUUGAAUCAAUUGAUACACAGACUGAGAAUCAACUAGCACAAAGUUGGCAAGGUAAAUGCAUUCAGAUACCUGAAGUGUGCAGCAUUGAAGCAGAUGGGAUAUACUCUACAAUCAAAUGAAGCACAUCAAGCAGCUUUG